AUGAAGGUCGUCGCGAUAUCCAAAGCUUCGGAACUGCAAGACGAUCUAGCGGACAAGAUCAACCCUCAGGAUUUCAAGGAUCUGUUUGGGAACUGGGAUCCAAAGGCGGAGUGCGAGGAGUACCUUACGGGGCCGACGGGUCGCAAGUACAAGAGAAGCAAGGACAUUCCAGUGACCCCGACUCCAGACCCGGAGAUGCAGAUCGAUCCUCCGGCCGAAGUACCACCCCUCCACCAAGGAACGAGUCAACAGUACCAACAAGCAUAUUACAACCAACACAGCUACCCGUACCCGCAGAGCUAUCAACAGCUGCCCCAAGAGGGUCAGUUCUUCAACCAAGCGAGUCCCUACUACCCUCAACCGGUAGCGAGUACCGCUCCAGCUCCGUACCCUCACGUACCGACGAGCGAAGUACAUCCAAACAGUACCAACCAGAAUCGCAACCGCAAUCGCAAUCGCAACGCCAACCGUCAAAAUCAUGCGCACCGAGCGCCAAACAAUUUCAGACCGAUGAGCGCGAACGGCCCUCGUCAGCGUACGAAUUCUCAAACAGCCAGAGAGAAUCGCCGCGUAGCUUACCAAAGAUCGAUCCAUCAAGAGAUGAUCCGGCUCAGUCGCACAACCCAAGCGCAGUACCAAGCCUUGGAGGCGAUGCGCGAGCAGAGCGCCGGAUACGGGAAUCGUCGUCAACCCCAAGAGGGAGGGGCGAAUCAAAACUACUAA